AUGCUGUCGCGCUCGAUGCGGCGACGCUCGCAGUUCCGACUAAAUUUUCUCGGAAGCGAGAGCUUUAGCUUCGACGUGUGGUUCAGUUUGCUGCCAGGUGGAGAGGGUCACCACUUCGGCGGCAUUAUCUACGGUCUGCAAUCCACGAGUCGCGAGAGCCGCCAGUGGCCGUAUUAUCACCAACAGUUUGUGCUUGUGAGCUCCACGGGCGACUUGUAUUGCUCAGUGUUGGACUUCAGGCCAGUUGUUGCGAGCAACUUGGAGUCGAAUCGGUGGUAUCACCUCGCUCUCACCUACGACAAUGAAAAGCAGAGGCAAGACGUGUACCUCAAUGGCGAGAAAGUUCACUCCAAUACCGGCGCACUUCAUCACGAUUGGGGCUAUUUAUCACACGAGCAGGUGGGGUCGGGCUGUAUCACCGCUGGAGACCUCAAUUUCCCCCGUCCGAAGUAUCUGGGCUGGUACGGCUUCCAUGGUGUUAUCGACGACUUUCGCAUCUGGAAUGGAGCAAUGUCGCAGGAUGAUGUAGCGAGGCUCGUGCGUGGGAGAAGUCUCCAAAUUGAGCGACUGCGAGCUUCCUUGAAGACAAAUGGAGAGCGUCUAGUGCGUCCUCUUUUCACGUGGGUUAACGUGCAGUUGACAAUGUGCACUCGCCCUGCUGAAGGACGAAGCAUGCAGCAGGUGAAGUACCAGUCUUCUUCGCAACCUAACUGUGUGAUCUCGUAA